AUGGCAGAGAGGCCGAUGACAUCCAAGCGUCCUCGGGAAGAGGAGUGCGGGAUGGAGGGAGGUGUCGAAAAGACAUCGUGGCGGGGCGAACAGCCACCAAAAGCGGUACAACAAUCCAACUUGCAUCGAUCGCUGAAGGAGGCACGUUUUGCGGGGCGAUCGAUGGAGGAGGGAUUCCAUCGGCAGUUGGGACCCUACGAGGCACCCGAUGAGGCGGUGGAUGUGGAGGAUUUGGUUCAGGGACACGAGGACUUUGGCGAUCUGCCCGAGGGGCGCCGUCGCGCGCUGUUGGAGUCGGUGCGGGUGCUGGCGCAGAAGGUUGCUGCGACAAAGAGCAAGAACCAACUGGAACACCUGCGCGUGAAGGCGUCCUGCCUUGUGGGCUUCAAGGACACUGCGAGGAAGUCCGAACUGACGGCGGCGUACCGUCAAUUAGUACGGGCAGGUGAGCUGCAGGCGUCACCGGUGAUGGAGGAGCUUCUGGUGCGUAAGCGCGGUAAGUCGCAUAGCGGCGUUCUUGUAGUGACUGUUUUCAUGGGACCGGGUCAAUUUUCUUGUCCGAAGGAUUGCCAUUACUGCCCGAACCAGCCAGGUAUCGCACGAUCGUAUCUACUCAAGGAACCAGGCGUAUUGCGCGGGUACCGCAAUGGAUGGGACCCUAUCUCCCAGUUUUAUGAUCGGGCGAGCGCGCUGGAAAACAACGGGCAUGUGGUGGACAAGAUUGAGCUUAUUAUUCUUGGUGGGACGUUUUCGUUUUACCCGAAGAAGUACGCCGAAGAAUUUAUUGCCGGUUCUUUUUACGCUGCCAACACAUAUUACGACUCUGCGCCACUGCGGCCCAUGCAGAGUCUGCAAGAGGAAAUUACAUUUAACGAAGAUGCCCGCUGUCGUGUCAUUGGUGUAACGGUGGAAACACGUCCAGAUUACAUCAACGCAUCUGAAUUGCGUCGAUUCCGUUGCCUUGGUGUUACUCGUGUGCAGCUUGGCGUGCAGCAUCUUGACGACGACAUCCUCACAAUUGUGAAUCGUGAAUGCCCGACAGCCAAAACCAUUUUAGGGAUUAAACGAUUGCUCGACGCGGGGUUUAAAGUCGAUGCUCACUGGAUGCCCGAUUUGCCAGGAAGUAGUUAUAAAAAGGAUCGUGAAAUGUUUGAGUAUCUGUUCUCUCUUGACAAUGAAAACUUCCAGGUGGAUCAAUGGAAGGUCUAUCCCACAGCAACGGUACCCUAUACAAAGAUUGAGGAGUGGCAUCGUAAAGGGCUUUACAAGCCCUAUGCGGAGGUGGAUGACGGUGCCUGGAUGGUGAAACUUCUUGUGUACAUCAUGGAACAGUGCCCUUAUCGCAUUCGUUUAAAUCGUAUUGUUCGUGACAUUCCAACGACUUACAUCAUGGGUGGCGAGCGGCGGUGUAACCUGCGGCAGGUUAUUGAGGCGGAGAUGAAAGCAAAGGGGAUUCGUUGCAAGGACAUUCGUGAGCGUGAAUGUAAGGGCAAGCCCGUCGAUCGCGAUCACACAAAAAUUUUUGUGGAUGAAUUUCGCGCAAGCGACGGGACGGAGUUUUAUAUCUCCGUCGAGGACCCUGAGAGAACGACACUUUACGGGCAUUUGCGGUUGCGGUUGCGUGACAACAGUGGGGCCGAGAAUUCCAUCUUUAAGGCGCUUGAAGGUUGUGCGCUAAUUCGCGAGUUGCACACCUACGGCCGGCUUGUGGCGGUGUCGCGGCCCAAUUCUGGAAAUGCGGCACAACACGUGGGCGUGGGCACACAACUGAUGCGUGAGGCUGAGCGAAUCUCCCUGUCGCGCGGAUUUAGCCGGUUGGCUGUGAUUGCAGGGGUCGGUGUACGGCGGUACUACGGCAAGCUCGGGUAUCACCUGGAGGAGACAUAUAUGGUCAAGGGUCUUGCAGUGAAUGGGGAGAACGCCAUUACGGAGGAGCAGGUGGUGCAGGAUGACGACAAUGACAAUCUUGGUUUCUUUUCCAAAUUGAAGAGUCUCAUUUUCAGGAAGUGA